AUCUCCUUUAUAGAGAGCUAGACUUUUUCAAAACGAGGCUUAAAAACAAAUAUUUUUCAUUUUUCAGCUAACAAUGCUAGAUAAAAUGGAUUUUUACACUAAGAGGCACAAAAGUAGUAUUCAUUGAUGCGUUAUAAAACAUCUGAAUGAACACAUAUACAUAGCAAGAAUGCCUUUGAAAUUAUCCAAUGUUUUACCUGAGGAACUGUUAAGGAAUACUUGGGACAACAACAAUAUCUCAACAACAACUAUAGCGCACAACUUAACUACUACAACUUUACCAUCUCACCACAAUAGCACAGUGAGGCCCUCUAUCAUCAUAACACCACCAUGUCAGUGGAUUCUCUAUAAAGACAUUGCAGAUUCUAGAGUUCGAAUCUGGGAUUUAAUGAUAUUGAUACCAAACAGUCUUUUCCUAUUGUUCCUUCUACUUAAAAUUAAGACGUCAUUCUCCAAGUUGAAGAAUACAAGUAGUCCCAUCUUCCUUGCUUUCUAUGGCCUGGUAUGGAUUGUGGCAAUAAUUAGCGUUUUACGUUGUGUUGUUUCCAUGACGGUGAAUGCAGCUGUACCAGCUGGAGACAUUGCAGAUAGGCUUUUAUGGUUGAUUCUGCGAUUCUUUCUCCUAUCUACUGAAUUGUCUGUUAUCACAUUUGGAUUAGCAUUCGGUCAUCUGGACAGUCAGACCAGUAUUAAAUGGGUGUUGUUGGUUACAUCAUUUGUUGCCCUAGCCUACUCAUUCACACAGGGUGCUCUUGAGUUCACCACACACCAGCAUGUGUUUCAUGUUUCCGCUAAUGGAGAAUAUGAUAUAUUUGGUCAUGGAGGCAUGCUAUUCUGGCUAAUCAGCUCAAUAUGUUUCUUCAUAAUAUAUUCAUCUAUUGUCAUACUUCCCUUUACACCUAUUCGAGAAAGAUUUGCACUGCCAUCAAAGAGAUCAUUCUACAUAUACGUGUUCUUACUGUCACUGUUGAAUAUGACACAAGCUAUCGGCAGUGGUCUUCUGUAUGGUGAUGUCAUGUCUGGACUCUGUGUCGUUGAUGUGACUACUUAUCUUUACUUCACCUGUUUCGCUCCAUUUGUCUACCUGUGCUUUCUUAGAGAGUUUUUCGCGACAUCUCAGACCCCAAACAUCCUCUUCUCGUACAAAGCCCAGGUGGAUGACGGGGGAGAGGAAGACCUAAAUUUACCCCACCAGUCCUUCCCUAACUCGCCAAAGCCAGAGAAUGGUGAACUAUAUGACAGUACUCAGUUUGAGGACCAGGCACAACUGGAUAGCCCUAACCCACUGUAUAACAACACAGAGGUGUCAAUCAAUGCGGAUAUAGAUUACGAUUAUUAUCAACAGACAAAUAAGAUUGCAUAAUUUAGGCUUAUGAGAAAUUUAAAGUGACUUAGUUUUGUUGGUUGUGACCCUCGUAGUAUUAUAUGCCUUUGUAUUACCGUAUUAUUUUUUACUCUCUGUUGAAUUAACUUUUGUAAGGUAACAAACAGACAACCUGAAAAUAGUAGAGUAAUCAAUGCUUAGUAGGAUGUGACCUUCAAAACGAAGAUUCUUAGUCCUUCAUUGAGAUUUUAUACAUGAGAAAAAAUUGUGCCAAGCUUUCUAUGUAAAUACAUGGACCGGUUAUUGAAAGGUAAUAUAUACCAGAGUAUGUAUACAUAACAUAUACAUAUAUUUAAAAUGUACCAGGUGUCCCAGAAAAAAUGCUACCUAUAUGAAAUGGAAAUAACUCUUCUUUCAUCGAAAAAAGCUGAACUUGAACGAGACAAAGAGAAUUUAUUUUUCAAUAAGCAGUUACAAAUUUUAUAGAAAUUAAUAAAUCAUUUACUGAGACAUUUUAGAUAACAUGCUCUAACUUCCAUUAUGAUCGAUGCAGAGCUGAAUGCAAAUCCAAAGAUAGAAAAUGGGUGAUCGUGCUAGAAUUGAGAGAAAUGUAAACUGUCUGUUAGGCCUAGAUAGCCAAAUUUUAAGAAUAUUCCAUUAUCUCACAGAUCUAGAGUUGUUUCAUGUUUGUUUCGGUACAAUUCUUUUGUGACACCUUGUAUUCUCAAAAUAAUUUUAUGUUUUUUGUUGUUGCUUGUUUGAGAUGUCAGAUUUUAUAAUUCAUAGUGUACUAGGUACAAUAUUGCCAAA